CUGGAUCAACAAGGCUUUGGCUUAUUUAAAUUUAGGAGGUACCAUACGGUACAAUUAAAAUGAGAGGGUAAUCAGACAUGUACAAAAUUCUGUAAAGUCUCCCAAUUUUAUAUUAGUAAGAAAAAUUAUAAUAAUAAUAAUUAUAUGAUUAUAAAAGUUAUUAUUAGGUGUUUGCAUACACUGAUUUUUUGUGACACAAACCAAACAUUGAUAUUCUUUUGCUGCAUACAAAGUUAAUAAAUAACAGGAUGGUCUUUGUCCCUUAGCUCUGUUUACCCUGAAUUGAAUGAAAAGCCCUGAAAAGUUUAUCUCAUUAUCAAACUGUUUCUCCUUCAAAGUUCAGCAUGGACACGUCUGUCCUCUGCAGUUGGAUCUUUGCCAUCCUGUUUCAUCUCUGUAUGGUGCAUCAGGUUCAGUGUGAUUGCCUUGAAGAUGACUUACAAAUCAAGGGGGGAAGUUACUUCCUUACCAAGCAGCUGAAGAAAGGAAGCAUAGCGGUCUUCAACUGUUCUGACGGCUACUAUCCAUACCCUCAUCUUCGCCAUGUCUGCCAGCCCAGUGGAAAAUGGGACCCUGAACCUUCAACAAGACAAACGUGCAACCUCGUCCAGUGUCCAGACCCCACUGUGUUUGAGAAUGGAAUUGUCACCCCUUAUCUACAGAGGUACUUUGUUGCCAACGUAACUACAUAUGAAUGCUACUCUGGAUACACAAGGAGAGGCUCAUACAGUCGUACCUGCUUGCCAAACGGAAAGUGGAGCGGUCUUACUCCCAUCUGUAGCCGUGACUCAGGAAACACCUGUGCUGAUCCCGGAAUCCCAGCAGGAGCUUCAAGAGCUGGCAACAUCUUAUAUGUUAAUGACAAAGUGAAAUACACCUGCAAUGAGGACUUAAUUUUGGUGGGACCCAGUGAAAGAGUGUGCCAGGAGAAUGGCCAGUGGACUGGAAGAGAGCCGGCAUGUUAUUACAAGUAUACCUACGACACUGCCGUUGAGGUGUCAGAGGCAUUUGGCAGUGCAAUCAAAGGCACCCUCACCACUCUGCAGCCCAUUGAUGACACACAGGAUGGGAGGAAAAUAAGGAUUUCAAAAAAUGGCACUCUCAACAUUUACAUUGCUGUGGACAUUUCUGAGAGCAUCGAGGAAGACUACUUUGAAAGAGCAAGAGACGCUGUUGUAACACUUAUUGAAAAGAUUGCAUCUUUCAGCGUGACGCCAAACUAUGACAUCCUCUUUUUUUCUUCUGAAAUAUAUCAAGUUGUCAGUAUUCUUGAUUUUCAUGAUGGUAAAGUCGUACUGAAUUCUGUGAUUGAAGACCUGAAAAAUUUUAAAAUUGAUGACAAAAAUACUGGAACUGACUUGAACGCAGCUUUCAAGAUAUUUGAGGAACGCAUGGCUUUCAUUAAACAAAACGUUGAGGAUGAAAAAUUUAAAGAACAUCGUCACGUUAUCAUCCUUUUCUCAGAUGGUGCCUAUAACAUGGGUGGCUCCCCUUUACCCACUGUUGCAAAAAUAAAGAGACUGGCCUACAUGGAUCUGACAGAUGGCUCCAGAGAUGAAUACCUUGACAUUUAUGUUUUUGCCAUUGGAACUGACAUCUUUGAUGAUGACCUGCAGCCUCUCGUAGCAGGAAAGGAUGGCCAGCAUUACUUCAGACUGGAAUAUGAUACAAAUUUAAAUGAAACAUUUGAUGAAAUAAUUGAUGAAAGUGAAGUCAUUGGUCUGUGUGGUCUUCACAAAGAUUACGAAACAACAGGUGACAAAGUAAGCAAGAGGAAAAGAUAUCCGUGGUUGGCAUUUGUUAUUGUCCAGGGUGCAUCUCCAAAGAGAUGUCUCGGCUCUCUGGUGGCACCUAAAUUUGUCUUGACUGCUGCUCACUGCUUCCAGUUUGGUGAUUUACCAGAACAUGUCACAGUUGAAAUUGAAGACAGACCUGGCAGCAUAGUUAAAAAAGUCAAAACUUUUACGUUACAUAAAGACUACGAUAUCUCGGCCCGAGUGAGUAAAGGUGUGAAAGAGUUUUAUGACUUUGACAUCGCGCUCAUCCAGCUUGAGGAUGCUGUCGAGAUGUCCGCUCUUGCGAGACCCAUAUGCAUACCUUGCACCCAGGAAACCAAUGAUGCUUUACGGCUGACCAGAGCUUCAACAUGCGAGCAACAAGAACAACUUCUGUUAAAGAAUCAAUAUGAAAGACUUGGUUUCCUUACCCGGGCAGACCCUCUUGUACAAAAAAAAGAUGUUUUUGCCAAACUUAAAGAAAUGAGACCAAUGUGCAUCAACAAGGCACUAAAGGCAGAUGGCAUAACAACAGAUGAUCCAACAGUUGCGGUCACAGAUAACUUCCUGUGCACUGGUGGUCUGGAUUAUCGCAGAGAACACAUAGCGUGCACAGGUGACUCUGGAGGAGCUGUGUUUAAGAACUAUAAGCUUCGCACAAUCCAGGUUGGACUGGUGAGCUGGGGCACCAAACAACUGUGCAGUGCUGGUGGUGUGGUUGAGUCCAGUGAAGAUUCCAGAGAUUUCCACAUUAAUCUCUUCAGAAUGGUCCCUUUCCUGAAGUCCAUCCUUGGCAAAGAUGAUCAGGAUGACUAUGCACCACUUAAGUUUUUGAAUUAGAUUCAUACUUUUACGUAUUCUUUGUUUAAAAUCAAUUAAUUAGUUCUUUUCUCUAGUCAACUAUGUGUGAUGUGUAAAUAUGAUCCUUCAAAAAGUACUGCUGCUAAUGCUAAUAUGAAGUAUUUCCAGGAGAGUGCAGAUGUACUUUAUUUUAGGUUUAAUUUAGUACAAUUCAGGUGUUCAUGUAAACCUUCAAAUGGGUUUGAAUCAAUUCACAAUACCGGACCCUUUUCAGAGGAAUGUGUUUUUUGUUUGUUUGUUGAGCUUUUUAAUGCUACAGAACUUGCAGACAAAAUCUGAAGAGGAACGAUGGAAUGCUAUUCAAGAAGUUUAGGCAAUUCAAGGAUACUUCUUUAAGAAAAUUAAAGAAAACUUAUCCAAGAAAGUUCUGAAUAAAUUAUAAUUAUCACUCACUUCAAGUUUGUUUUUUUUCCACUAACUUCAUUUCCAUAGAUGUUUCCAUUAAUAUUUACCAAAAAUUCCAACAACAUCAAACAAACAUAUAUAUACUAUUAUUAUUUUAUUUUGUUUAGUUUUUCAAAGUUAAGAAACUGAGAGAACCCGAAAGGGGGCAAAGAAAUUAAUUAUCAAAUUAAUUUUGGAUAAAUUUAACAUUCUGAAAAAUUUCUCAUAUCCUGUAAUUGUCUAAAAUUCAGUGUUUUCAGCACAGGGAAUAACUUAAUACCACAGCUUGUCAGAGAGCUGUCAAGAGGGUGAUGCAAGAAAGAAAGAAAUGUUCUUGGGAUCACAUUGUGAGCACUCUUGAAGUUAAAAAUGCACUUGUUAAAUUUCUACAAUGAUAAACCUGUUAAAACUGUGGCAAACUUGGGCCGCAGCGUAGCCUAAUGGCUACAGCGGGCGGCC